UGACGUUGCGCUGCGGUGGGCGGGGCUAGUUGUCCCGAGUGAGCUCUGGCUGCGGCUGUUUGUACUUCCACGUUCUGAUGUUUGUUGACUGAUCUCCAGCACAGAGGUCUUGUGGUAUGUUGCCUUUCAUUAGACAGGGUGUGCAUACUUUCAGGCAGCAGAACAUUUUACAGUGCAGGUGUGUCUCCCACCUUGCAGUGUCAGAGUAUGUCCCUGCCUGUGCUCCCGUCGAUCGCCAGCAGGUGGAGCUGCUUCAGGACUUUGUAUCCUGUUCUCAGAGACUUUUUGUCAUGACUGGAGCUGGAAUCUCCACUGAGUCAGGAAUUCCAGACUAUCGCUCUGAAGGUGUGGGACUCUACUCGAGGACAGAAAGAAGGCCCAUAGAACAUGCAGAAUUUGUCAGAAGCGAGGCUGCGCGUAGGCGAUACUGGGCCCGGAACUUUGUUGGAUGGCUACAGUUUUCUUCCCAUCAGCCAAACAAGGCACAUAUAGCACUAAGUAAUUGGGAGAGAGCUGGGAAGUUACACUGGCUGGUGACACAAAACGUGGAUGCCCUCCAUACCAAAGCAGGACAGCAGCGCCUCUCUGAGCUACAUGGUUGCACUCAUCGGGUAAUAUGUCUUUCCUGCAAGACCGUGGUUAAAAGGUCUGAACUCCAGGAAAGGUUUAUGGUUCUCAAUCCAUCCUGGAAUGAAGAGUCACACGGAGUAGCCCCAGAUGGGGAUGUCUUUCUGACGGACGAGCAGGUGGCAAACUUUAAUGUCCCAGCCUGUGAAAGUUGUGGUGGGGUUCUGAAGCCUCAAGUAACAUUCUUUGGUGACACCGUGAGCCAGGAGUUGGUAUUCUCCCUGUAUGACUACUUAAGCCAGUCUGACGCCAUGCUUGUAAUUGGCUCCUCGCUGCAGGUUUACUCUGGAUACAGAUUUGCUCUGAAGGCGAAAGAGAAACACAUUCCUAUUGCAAUACUUAAUAUUGGACCCACUAGAGCAGAUCAUUUGGCAUCUGUUAAAGUGAGUUCCCGCUGUGGGGAUGUCCUGCCACAUAUAUUGGCCCAAGAGUGAAACCCGUGUGCAGUGUGUCACUGAGAUAUAGAGAAAAGUCAAGAUGUCACGUGGUCAUUCAGUAAACUGAGUGCCUGCAGGGUCAAUAAACUGUCCACAUUGAAUGAAGUCCAAGUACCCCUUUGGUGCUGUGCGAAGACUGAUAGAUCUUAUGCCGUACGGUAUAAACCAGACACGUUCAUUUGUUCUCAGUAAGGUUUGUGAUAUUUAUCCAGAAUGAUGGGAAAAGCUGAUUGGUGAUUUUUAGUGGGUCUUACUAUUUGAGUAUCCCACUUAGAAGGCUUGUAACCAUUUAUCCUGAAUGUAGAAGGAGUUCUCAGUCUGUAUCCUGUGAGGCACUUCUGACAGCGCUAAGGAAAACAGCAGCUGUUUAAUCUCCCGUGUUUAAGAUUUUGGUAGGAGAGAUUUGUUUUUAAACAUACUUACAGAAUAAAUGACUGGCAUCGGGGAUACAUGCCUGGAACCUGCUACUGUUA